GUAAUGAUGGCGAACUAUAUUACCGCGCAGCUUUUUCUCGAGUAAUCAUCAAAUCGAUCGCCAAAAAAAUACUUUAAGAAUAAGUAAAAAUGCCCGACGCAAUCAUAGAUAGCAUACUCACCGGAAAAUUGGGUUCUCAGCUGGUGGUUCGGUGGUUAAACAAUGAAUCACUUGAGGAUGUGCCUGAGGACUGUGUGUUACUGUGCAACAGUAGAAGCGAAUUCGUGGCUUGUUUUCUUUCUUAUUUACGGAUUCAAACUGACAGCAUAUUGCAGACGAAUAACAGUGCCUUGCAAAUACGUCAGCGGACGCCAGAUAAGGUGCUCAGUACAAGACGAAAGCAUCGCAGGUCGAUAAGCGACCCUACGAGUGAUGAUAGGACAGAUUCACUGAGUGUCAAACCAGAUCGGCGAAGCCAUGAAUCUCCAAGUAAAGAUCGUAAACGAGGCAAGAAAGUCAAGACUAAACUGUUUCAUGAAGAUCGCAAGGAAGCAUCAGUGUCUUCAGAUGAAUCCAGGUUGAGUUUAGGCAUGGAACGAAUGGUUGUGUCGAGUACACCUAUGAAGAACGGUUUAAGGCUGUCCGAGUCUCCUGUGACCACUGCCAGCCCGGUAACCCCGCAGCGGUUCACUUAUGACCGUUGUGAUACUCCACGUUUAACCCAUAGGAAGGAUAAGUCUGUAAGCUUAGGAGAUUUUAUUACGUCCGCUCAAAAAACUAAGAAACGUAAAAGCAGAAAUGCAUCUGAAGAGAACGAGAGUAAAGUAGACUUAGAUAUCAGUAACACUGAAGUGUUUCCUGAGAUUUCUAGAAAAGCCAGUUCGCUACGAUCUGAGAAACGGAGGAUAAAACCUACAAAUCUAGAUGGUUCUAUGUCUCAAAAAAGCUUUUCAUUGAACAGUUUUAAUUCCGAGUGCUUUCAGCAGCCUUCUCCGCUAGCGUUGGAAGAAAACAAUGUAUUUAAAAAUCAGAAGUUACAACCGAAGGAAUUAGCAAAUUCAUUUGAAGCGGAACGCAAUAUACUGAAGCUGGAGAGACAAAAGUUGAUGGAGAAAUUUAAUUUAAACGCAUCAACUACGACUGUCCCUGUCACACCACAAAUAAAAAUAAUAAAAAAAGACUGUAUCGAACAAACACUGAAUUACGUCAACGCUGAAUCAUCCAAGGUUGUUUUUAAGGAGAAAAUCGACUUAUUGAUCGAAUUAUAUGAUGUUCUAUUAAAAAAUAACUUAAUCUUAAGUAUUAAUUCGGAAAUCUAUUUCAUGAUAUCAAUUUUACUGUCAAAACAAGUUGAGGAAGAUUAUUUGGAGAUUGAAACAAAAUUAACCGAGAAAAAUCUAACCAAUUAUUUGCUGCAAUCUAUACAUAAUUGCACGUAUUUCGCAAUAAAAUCCCUCUGGAACUUACGGUCAAUACUUGAAGUGAUUCUUGACAAGAAUUCAUUGAAAAUACUUGGUGAAAACAAGAAGGUUCGGAGUUAUUCCGCAGACUUGGCCAAGUUUCUACUGAACUGUUACGGGUUGAAGUGUGAAGCGGAGAGUCAGGAGAAGCCACGUGCCGUAGACAAGAGAACAUCAAAUGGGAUUGUGUGUUUUAAUUUAGAGACGGAUAAUGCAGAGAACUUUCCUUCUUUACUCAGCUUUCAGAAUUUUAAGAAGCAAAGGGAUAUGUUCUAUGAGAUAUUGAGAUGGUACACAGAGAGCUCGGCGACCGGCGUCCCGCGCUCCACACUCCGCGCGCGCGUCAAGACGUUGGUCGGAGCCGGCCAUUCUCCGGCCAACCACCACCAUCUGGCCGCGCUGCUGGUCGCACACAUGCUGGCGGAGUGUCUCCACACUGAACAGGAGUCAAAGCUGAGCAAGCUGCAGCGCCGGCUGACCUGCCCCGCCGGCGACUCCCGGCUACCACACUUCACGGAGAAGGAGACCUUCUACAAGGACGUUCUCGUGAACGCGGGCAGCGAGUCGUUUCGCGCUCACGUCAGAGACGCGCUCGCCUCCGAGCUGAUCGCUCUGGACAGUACGCCCUUACAGAAUGCCAACAGCAGCGACAUAAGCCGCGAGUUCCUCCAUCUCCAGCGCAAGCUAGGCCUCCUGGCCAAGUUCCUGGGCUUCCUGGCCUCGCUGCCAUACAUCACGCUGCCGGCGGACUGCAAGUCUGUCAGCCAGGCUGCGCCGGGCGAGCCGAGGGAACGGGUGCUGCAGGCCAGCUUGAAGGCUAGGAGCUAUAGCCAACCAGCGCUCGACCUGCAGGGCCUCCUCGAGGCCGCCGUGGCCGCCGGGCGGAGCACCCUCACCGUGCCCUGGCUCGCGCACUACAUGUCCACGCUGGACCCCGCGAGCUGCCGCCUGCCGUACUACCGGCGGCUGCUCGCCACCGUGUUAUUUAUUUAUUUUUUAUUUUUUACUUAUUUCAUACAAUUUGUUCCAGGCUGGCUCUUCGACCUGCCGCACCUCCCCCCUGUCGCCUACGACCCAUCCCCCGCGGACCCCACCCCCACCCCCGCGGACAGCGUCGACAGCCUCGACCUCAUAACGGACUCGAUGCUGUUCGAGCUCUGUCCCUACCUCCGCGAGGUCAACGUCCUGCUGGCCACGUGUAAGGUCGACAGAAAGGAGACCUACCGCCACAUCACGCCGGUCAGCUUGACUGUGAACAGCGAGGAUCGUGUGCGGACCAAGGAAAAGGAACUGCAGAUGCGUCUAGAAGAAGAACUCAUCAAAUCCCAACCGUCGUCGACCCGACGAGUCCUCGAACUGACCAUAGAGCGUGUCACAGCGGCCUGCGUUCGAGACUUGACAGCUUCUGUCAACGCGGCGAGGGCUACGGCGCGGGACGGGGCCAGGAAGGCUGUGGCGGAGCGGGGAGAAGAUCUGCAAGCUCUCCUCAAAACCCUACAAGCCAUCUACACCGCCCACCUCACCCAACUGCGAGAAUCAGCUCAAAACAUUGACACAUUAUCGCGAGUCAGCGGCGCCCUAACGUCUUUACUACCACAUGCGCCUAAAGCUUUACAUUACGCGGCCGCUAGGGCAAGCAAGGCGGCCGUGCUGCGCUGGGCGAGGGACCAUUGGACUAGCACGGCCGUCUUGUGCAAAGACAUAGAAGCGGAGAUGCACAACCUCAUCACCCUCGGCGACGCAGUCAAGCCGGAGCAGAAAUCGGAACCCAAGCCGAGCGAGGCACUCGAGAAUUUCACCACGGCCGUCAGUGUGGCGUCCGCUAUUAUUCAUCUUAAGGAGCAAGUGUGCCUCCUCUUGGACUACGAGGAGCCUGCGGGCUUGAGCGCGGCGCUCGCGACGUGCGCGCGAGCAUGCGCGCCGAGCAACGUGCUCGCGCGCGGCGCCCGAGCCAUACUGCAGCUCAGUGUGGACGCCUGCGUCGUCUAUGUGAGCCGCAAACCGAAGGACGUGAACGAAGCGUUCCUGAACCAGCUGCACUCGAUCUGGAACGUGUGCUGCCCCGACAGGAAGAAGAACGAACCACAGGAACUAGACCUGCCUGAGAGACGCGACCUGUCUCCAGAACUAAGGAACUUUGAAGACGACCGCGCCCCGACACCCAUCACAAGCGACGAAGAGGACGCACCCAUUAAAGCCAAUCGCAACGUCAAGAACCUCAUAAUUGCCCCAAACUCCAACAACAUAAGCAUCAAAAUCCCCAGCCCGACUCUCAGCCCGAUCAGUCCCAUGAGUCUCAAGAGUCCGCUAAGCCCAAACUUGAAAAGUCCAACUAGCCCGAAAUUAAAAAGUCCAAAUUCUUUAAAAAGUCCUAAAAGUCCAAACGUCCGGAGUCCAAGAGCUUUAAGUCCGAAGCCAAAAGCAAAUUCGAGUGUGAAAUCAAUAAAUAGCUCAAUUUUAAGCGUAGUCGAUACUGAGAGUACAGAAAUGUUGGAAUUUUUUGAUAGAAUAUUAUGUCCGAGGAACAUAGUGCUGUUAAAUACGUCCAAGUGUAAGAGCGCUGAGGUUUGGGAAGCGCUGGCGACUGUGCUGGUGUUUUUGCUGAAGUUUGACUAUCUCAGCGAAGAUUCGCUGACGGAGCAAUGCUUGGCUGUUUACAGGCAGGAUUGGCCCCAGAGCGUCCUGGAGAGCCUAUCAACGUGUAUGAAGUCAGUAUCGUCUCGUUGGACGCGCUCCAGCGGAAAAUUCACUCUAUUUCUGGACUUCUUGGCAGAAUACUGCGGGGAUUUAGAAUUGGAACCCAUCGAGUGAGCGACACAGCGCUAUACGUGUGUAUAGUGAUGUCCCUCUGGCACACAUAUUGCGGAGAUUUAGAAACCCAUCGAGUGAGGUCUUUAUUCACGCUGCUCGAGUAUGUUACAUAAUAAUUAUUUACGAUACACGUGCGUAUUACCUAUUCGCAUGUGGCCCUUUAAAUGUUCGACGUAACUACGUAAUGUGCUUAUCAUAGCAGGGUGUCGUAAUACUCGUAAUGGAGCACCAGAUGUACUGUAAAAUAUCUUAAAUUAUUGUCAUCUCUUUUCUAAUCAUCCUAAACCUAAAACCUAAUACAAUCUAACAUAGGUACCUAAAAUCCCUUAUGACUCGUAAAUUUAGCCUUCCAUUUUAAGUAUAUUUUCAUGGUGUGCGAAAUAAUCUGUGACUCCAUCAACUUAAUUCAGAAUUCUGCCCCGUAACCCAGGGGAAAAGUGACCCACUAUUUAUAAAAACACUUAUUAUACCCAUAACAUUUCCUGAGUUCACUUGAGUAUCGUGACUCAGGGGACAUCCAAUUAUGUAAUUAAAUACAUAAUAUUUAACAAAAGUCAAAAGCCCUACUAUAUAAAACUGACACUUUACAUAUACAUAAACAAAAUUUUACAAAGCUAUAGAUAUUAAACUAUAAUUGUUAGGCAAAAUUAUGACAAAUAAAUAUUGAAUGUGACACCAAAAUUGUAUGUCUUAUUAAUACUAAGUACAUAAUGCAAACAUUAUAGAGUCGGACCAAAAAAAGUCUGUAGCGAUUUUGAUAGCCCACGCAGUACAAGUGUCAUUUUAAACGUCAAACUUCUAUGAAAUUAUGACGUAUACAUAACACUUUCACUGCAUGGGCUAUCAAAUCCGCUGCAGACUUUUCUUGGCCUAACUUUACUCUAUUGUGCGCGAAGAAAUGAAAAUAAACGUGCUAUAGUUAGACCGUAAAAAGUCUACAGUGAUUUUGAUAGCCCACGCAAUGCAAGUGUCAUUUUAAACGUCAAACUUGUAUGAAAUUAUGACGUAUAAAUAACACUUACACUGCGUGGGCUAUCAAAUCCGCUGCAGACUUUUAUUGGUGCGACUAUACAAACCUCAAUUAGCUAAUAAUAAUUUGUCUCUUUUUGUCAUUUUAUAACUAAAUCGGGCCCGUAAAGUUUUAUGAAUAAGGGGUCAUCCAUUAAUUA